AUGUCGGUCUUUGCGCGAGACGCACCGGUGCGACAAUUGUUUUCGCUCUUCCUCAUCACUUGGUUCUUUGGUAUGGUUUUGUACUUCUUCUUCUCGACGCUCUCCUACCUGUUCAUCUUUGAUCAUCGGACAUUCGAGCAUCCAAGGUAUCUCAAGAACCAAAUCCGCCUUGAAAUGGGCGUCGCAGUCGCAUCCUUACCACAAAUGGCCAUCGUCACGGCCGUCUGUUUCCUUGCAGAAGUGCGCGGCUACUCGAAAUUAUACAGGUCGGUAGACCAAUACGGCUGGGGCUACUUCAUCUUUCAAUUUCCGCUCUUCCUGCUCUUUACAGAUUCCCUCAUCUACCUCAUUCACCGCGGUUUGCACUCCAAAGCGUUGUACAAGCACCUACACAAGCCUCACCAUAGGUGGAUCAUGCCUACACCCUAUGCAUCCCAUGCAUUCCACCCAGCCGAUGGAUUCUUGCAAAGUCUGCCUUACCACAUCUUCCCCUUCAUCUUCCCACUUCACAGGUUCGCAUACAUUGCGCUCUUUUCCUUCGUCAAUAUCUGGACAGUCUUGAUCCACGAUGGCGAGUACCUCUCCAACGACCCCAUCAUCAAUGGCGCAGCAUGCCAUUCACUGCAUCAUCUCAAAUUUUCUUGCAACUAUGGACAAUUCACCACAUUGUUUGAUCGUCUAGGUGGAAGCUACGUUCCGCCCAACCCAGAGCUCUUUGACAAAGCACUCAACAAGGCAAGCUGGAAGAAACAAGCUCAAGAAGUCGAUGCGAUUCGAAAGGAGAUUGGUGAAAUUGAAGAUACACCAAAUCAACCACUCGAGGCCACCCUGAUUGAGCGGGAGAGUGUCUUUCAAGACAAGAGCAGUACGUUUACAAGUGCAAUCAAGAAGAAGGCACAGGUGGCAGGCAGAUGA